AUGGACGCACGCGAUGUAAUCUCGUUCCCCGCGGGCGACAACGACACCGACACCAUCUUCGGCUCAACCCAUUUCAACCUUACCACCCUGGUGCACUUCAACUAUACCGUCUACAGCAACGGCACCCUUUCCAACAAUUCCAAGUGCUACCUGACCUACGAGCCCUACGUUCCCGCACUCCUCUUCCCCAAUGGCACCUUUGUCAAUGGCACGGGCUGCUACAACGGCAUCAACCCCAUUGGGGACCGCGGCCGCACGGGAAUCGGCAUGGCAGCCGCGUUCGGCGUCUGCCUCGUCUUGCUGCUGACCUGCCUGGCCAAGCACGGCCCCCAGCAUCUGCCGCGCGAGAAGCGCUUCGCCCCCCUCGGCCGUCGCUGGCAGUGGUACUGGGGCCUGUUCGUCUGCAGCUGCGCCCUCGUCAGCCUGUUUCUCAACAUCGAUGUCGACCGGUACAAGGUUCAGCAGCUGCCCAUUAUCGUCACCACCUUCUUCUACUACCUCAUGUGCAUGGGCUCCAUGGCCCUCGUCUGGGAGGCUGUUCGCCACUGGGGAAGCUGGAUGGAGAGGCAGUACAUUGAUCCCAACCCUUUUGUCCUUCGCGAUGACGACAGACGUUCAAAGAUUGAGUUCUGGCUCCCGCUCUGGUGCUACCUACUCAUCUGGAUGAACUUCUUCAUGAUUAUCCCGCGUAGCUGGAAAUUUGCCCAGAUGCAGCGCUCACCCGAGCAAGAGGCUGCCAUUGCCGAGCCAGGUGCCACAGGCAUCCGCUUCAAGAUUGCUGCCUUCUUCCUGUUUGGCGCGUGGCUGACGACUGUCUUCUCCAUGAGCCACUCGAUCAACCACUACAAGCCCCGCAAAAGCGGCCUGUUCAACCGUCUCAUCGGCCUGUUUCGGGACAUUCCCCUGCGCUUCGCGCUGCUCCUCCCGCUGUCGCUGGGUAUGAUUGCCUACCAGGCUCUCAUCGCGUUCCAGUACCGGUUCUCCGUCAUGCGGGCUGACGGUCCCAUCCCCAUCAUCUACGGCUGGGGCUACGGUACUCAGCUGGCCAUCCUGGUGGUGCAGAUCCUGUACGGCUGGUCCAGCCCCAACGAGGACAAGGAGCUCAUGAGGCAGAGGCGUGUACGCGGCGAGAUGCUCGACCGAGAGCUGGGCAUCAUCCACCGUCCCGCAUGGUGGCGUCGCGUCAAGGGCGAGCACCUAGUUGGAACCGUGCGCGACAAGCUCGCCCGCAACGUCAACGAGGUCGGCCAGGGGAGGUCCCUCGGCCGCCGCGCAGAGAGCGAUAUGGAGAGGGACAUACGCCAGAACAUGGAGAGGAACGCGGCCUACAUCGAGUUGGACAGCUACGACGAGACGUCCCGGUACCAGGGCAAUAGCAAGGGCCACAACCCCCGCGUCGACCGCGCCGGCGUCCGUGGCAUGGGCACGCGCACCAGCUCCAUCUCCGCCUCCAACCUCGACCCGGAGUCUGAACGCGUCGUCAACAUAGCUUCCAGCCUCCUCUUCCCCGACCCUGAAGAGGUUGAGCGCCGCGAGAGGGAGGCUGAGGAAGAGAGGCGACGCCGCCUCGAGUACAUCACCAGUGAUGGUCCGCCACCGGCAUACGAGGACGACAGCCGCGGACGCAGCGCCUCGUCGCGUAGUGGUGACAGGGCCACGGGAGAGAGGAGUAACAGCACCGGCACGACCAACUCCAUCAACGCGCCCGCCACGCAGAUUCGCAGUAUGCUGGACAUCUAA